AUGGAGACGGCCCUCAUGAGCGAUCGGACGAUCAAGCUCCCCGACGACCUCCUGGUCGAGAUCAUCUCGCGCAUGCCGUACAAGUCCACCCGUUGCUGUAAGUGCGUCUCCACGCGCUGGCGGGACCUCAUCUCCCACCCCGACCACCGCGACAAGCUUCCCCGGUCAACCCUCGCCGGCUUCUUCUGCAAAAUCCACGGCGUCGACUGUGAUCCAUGUUUUAAUGAUUUUUGCCAAAGCGUCUCGGGGGACUGGUGUCCUUUUGACGACUCCCUCUCGUUCCUACCUGAAUGCAAGGACCUUGAUAUCUUGGAUUGCUGCAACGGCCUCCUCCUCUAUCGAUGUUCGAAGCCUUAUCCCGAGAAACCGGAUUAUGUGGUGUGCAAUCCUGCCACUGAGAAAUGGGUAACCUUCCAUGUGUUUCAGUUGGUACCUAUCAAAGCUGGACAUGAUUAUAGGAUCAAAGAGGUGGGGAUCUACCGCAAAGUUCUUUCAUAG